AUCAUUGGUGAAUAAGAUUUUUAAAAAGUUUUUGAGAAAAAAAUUCUAUUUUGGGAAUCAUUAACUCAAAAUGGAAGGUAAAGAUUUGUUAAGUUGGGAGCAAAAGACAUUGCUAAGCGAGCUUAUCAAUGGAUUUGAUGCGGCCAAAAAGCUUCAGGCACGAAUCGGAGAAGCUCCGUCGCCAUCAUCAUCAUUUUUAUCUCCGGCGACGGCUGUGGCUGAGACUAACGAGAUUCUGGUGAAACAGAUAGUUUCUUCCUACGAGAGAUCUCUUCUUCUACUAAACUGGUCAUCCUCACCGACCGUACAACUCAUUCCGACGCCGGCUACUGUAGUCCCGGUGGCGAAUUCCGGCAGUGUUCCAGAAUCUCCGGCAUCGAUAAACGGAAGUCCGAGAAGUGAAGAGUUUGUCGAUGGAGGAGGUUCUAGCGAAAGUCAUCGCCAAGAUUACAUUUUCAAUUCAAAGAAAAGGAAGAUGUUACCAAAGUGGUCAGAAAAAGUGAGAAUAAACCCAGAGAGAGGCUUAGAAGGACCUCAAGAUGAUGUCUUUAGCUGGAGAAAAUAUGGUCAAAAAGACAUUUUAGGCGCCAAAUUCCCAAGGAGUUAUUACAGAUGCACACAUCGUGGCACACAAAACUGUUGGGCAACGAAACAAGUCCAGAGAUCGGACGGUGACGCAACGGUGUUCGAAGUUACGUACAGAGGAACACACACUUGUUCGCAGGCGAUCACACCACGUCCACCAACAGCCUCGCCGGAGAAGAAGCGAGAAGACAUCAGAGUUAGACCAGCAAUUACCCAAAAGCCAAAGGAUCUUCUCGAAAGUCUUAAAUCCAACUUAACCGUUCGAACCGAUGGGCUUGCCGAUGGUAAAGACGUUUUCUCGUUCCCUGAUACGCCACCGUUUUACACUUACGGGACUAUCAACGGCGACUUCGGCCACGUGGAGAGUUCUACUCCGAUCUUUGACGUUGUUGAUUGGUUCAAUCCAAUGGUUGAGAUUGACACAACUUUCCCCACGUUUUUACACGAGACGACUUAUUAUUAAACAAAUAAAAUGUAAAAGAGAGA